AUGAAUAUCCUCUCCGUCUAUAAAGACACUACUUAAACACCAAAUAUCACAGUCCAUCACCUCAUAGUAAAUGGCUCCACCUUCCUUAAAUGAUUUUAGAAAUUUCGCUGUAACAAAAGGCCAUGGAGCAAAGGGUAUCUCCGAUUUACGCCUCGACGCUUUACCGGACCAGUAUAUUCAGCCUCCAGAGGAGCGAAUAGACGUCACAAAAGUCCUGGAUAAAGAGUCCAUACCGGUAAUCGACAUAUCAAAUUUGGAUGAUCCAGUUGUAGCUGAUCGUAUCGCGGAGGCUGCUGAAAAGUGGGGAUUUUUUCAGAUCGUUAAUCACGGAGUCCCUGUUGAAGUUCUUGAAAAUGUUAAGGUAGCGGCCCGGAGAUUCUUCGAGUUGCCUGUGGAAGAGAAAAUUAAGUACACGCAAGAGAAUUCUCCUUCGAAAGCUGUUCGGCUUACAACAAGCUUUAUUCCCAAAGCAGAUAAGGUUCUUGAGUGGAAAGAUUACCUCAGUCUCUUCUAUGUUUCGGAUGACGAAUCUUCUAAAUAUUGGCCAGCCGCAUGCAAGAAUGAGGCAAUGGAAUUCAUGAACAAGUCCGAGUUCGUCAUCAAGUGGCUCCUAAAAGUCCUAAUGCAGAGGCUCAACGUAGAAGACCUAGACUCGAAAGAAUCACUGCUAAUGGGAUCUAGGAGGAUCAAUCUCAACUACUAUCCCAUCUGUCCGAACCCUGAGCUCGCAAUUGGAGUCGGUCGCCACUCCGACGUUUCCACAUUCACAUUUCUUCUUCAAGACCAUAUCGGAGGACUCUACGUCCGAAAGCUGGAAACCGAUUUUUGGAUUCAAGUGCCUCCUAUACCAGGAUCCAUAGUAAUCAACGUCGGUGACGCUCUCGAAAUCUUCAGUAAUGGUAAGUACAAGAGUGCUGAGCACCGUGUCGCUGCAAAUGGAAACAAUAACAGAAUAUCUGUACCGAUCUUUGUUAAUCCUAGUCCCGGAGAAAUCAUCGGUCCCCUACCUGAGGUCCUCGAGAACGGAGAAAAACCGAUUUACAAGCAUGUUUUAUAUUCGGAUUACGUGAAACAUUUUUACAGAAAAUCGCACGACGGGAAGCUGACGGUUGAUUUUGCGAAGGUGUGAGUGAUUGUUGGGAUCGUUAAUUGUUAAGUUAGAUCAAGUGUUACAGCCAUAUAGCUAACUAAGAGCUGUUUAUUUCAUUAUAUUCUUGUAAACAGCUAGAGCUAAGAGCUAUGUAUUUGUUUCUGAGCUGUAUAUGUGUUUUAUCCCAUCGUUAAGAUGGGAUAACGUCUAAUACUGGGAUCGUUCAUGAUAUAUGUACGGUAUAUUUACGAUUUUCUGUGCUCAA